AUGGUUUUAACGGCCCAGUAUUUCUCUGCUCUCUUGCAAGCCCUCAGCUUGACGCAAGGUUAUUACAAACCUUCGCCCACUUAUUCUUCCCUUUCGGCUAGCCCUAGUCAAGGUUUCACGAGUGAUGCUGGCAACACUCAGAGUGCUUAUCCCUCUACUAGCCUUCAGGUCUCUGAGACCGGAUCUGCUGCAGGCGUGCAGGCUACUUCGAGACCCUCUGCCAAGUCGACCUAUGCGCAUGCGGAUGCUGAUGGCUGUGAAGGAUUCACGUAUGAGGCACCACCCCUUGGCGACCAGACUUUCCCGCCCUUUGACCAAGCAAAAGCGAAUGUCUAUCGUUAUCGACAGCAGCAGUCUGUCAAUCUAGGAUCCUGGUUCGUCCACGAACAAUGGAUAACCCCAUCAGUCUUCACCUGUGCUGCGGGACAACAGCUGUCUGAGAUCGAUAUUGCUACUGGCUGGGGUUCUACUGCUGGCGCACGGGCUGUUCUAGAGCAUCACUGGGAUACGUUCAUCAAUCAAACGGACUUCGAAUACCUUGCCAGUAUCGGUAUCAAUACUGUCCGUCUGCCCAUCGGUUACUGGAGCUUGGGUCCCGAAUUCUGUCAAGGCACUCCUUACGAAAAUGUCUCUGAUGUCUAUCAGAAUUCGUGGGUGAGAGUCGCUCGGGCUAUCAACUGGGCUGGCGAAGCUGGUAUAGGUGUCUUGGUUGAUCUACACGGCGCUCCUGGGAGUCAAAACGGCCAGCCGCACUCCGGAAUAUCAGACGGCGUCACUGGGCUAUUUGACAGUCCUACAUAUAUGAACAUGACUAUCACCCUCCUCAGUACUCUGAUGGAACGACUUGUUAAUGUGACCAAUGUCAUCGGUAUUGAGGUCCUCAACGAGCCCCAAAAUGGUCCAGACCUUCCGGACUUCUAUGACCGUGCCAUACCCGCUAUGAGACAAACAUCCCCAGCGGCAGCGAGCUUCCCUUUGUACAUUCACGAUGGCUUCAACCUCGACCAAUUCAGUGAAUAUGUAGCGAAUCGAACGGACUUCGUCGUCGUGGAUCAUCACUCCUACUUCGUGUUCACUCCUUCCGAUGACGCAGAAUCGGCGACGCAGCACACCGCUGAUAUCAAGAGCUCCAUUGCAGAUUCCAUGGAAGUCGCGUCGAACCAGACACGCCGCAACAUAGUCGUGGACGAAUGGUCAUGCGCUUUGACACCGCAGAGUCUGGCAAAUGAACAAGACCCGGAUCAGUCUCAACAAGAAUUCUGCACUGGUCAAAUGGACGUAUAUACCAACACUACCGCGGGUUGGGGCUUCUGGGCAUAUAUGAAGGAAGACUGCUCUGAUGAUCCUGGCUGGUGCUUUAAAGAGGCCGUCGGAAACGCUCUUCCCUCCACCUUCUUCUCGUACGGCCAAGGCCCAUUAACAAGUCCAGAACAGCUCCCUUCCUUAGCGGAAUUGAUGGGCGACAUGAACACGCCCAACACCAGCGCUAUACUCUCAAGCGCUCAAGAAACUUCCACCGACACUGCCUAUGCUCCUUCGCAGACUUCUUACGAUCCGGAAACAAAUGCAUCCUCGACACCUAUGAAGCGUCGAGGUCGUUCUCAGAAGCAGAGGCGCACUCGUUCGUCCGUGCGGAGACGACCUCUAGCGUCUCUCUCAGGCAUGAAGGCUCAUAGGCGCGAUGGUCAAACUACUGUGAUGACCCCAUCCCAGCAGUCAAUCGCCAAGGGGUACUCGGAUGGUUUUCUCACUGCGAAGAUAUUCGCGCUGUACGGAAUGUCAAAGCUCGGGUUCACGAACCAGUACAUGAGCGACAGCAUGGCGAAGCUAGGUCCAUCCGUCGUUGCUUCUGGAACCGAGGGAGACUAUCAGGAGUGGUUCAUGAAGGGGCUGCAGGACGGGGAGAAUAUCGUGAUCUCACAUGUUGGUCAACAAAGUGACUGGACUCGGAAUUCUACUCAGGGGUAUUAAUGGCCUUGGUUGCUGUAAUUUAUUUUAUUUAAACAAUCGCAACACUCUUUU